AUGCCAGAAGAUGGUGUUAACCUGACACCAAAUGAUGAACUCUUAAAAACCGAUGAAAUUAUUGCUUUAGCUAGACUUUUUGUUAAAGAAGGAGUAGACAAAAUUAGGCUCACUGGCGGUGAGCCAUUAGUAAGAAAGGACAUCGUGGAACUAUGUGGUAAGAAAUUAUAAAAUAGUAUUGUUUUGCUAUGUAAGUGAUUGCCAAAUUUCCAGUUCCAGUGGCCUAAGAAAACCAGGGCUGUGGCAAGCCUUUAGAAACUGAGGGAGCAAAAAGAUUUUACGUAGUUCAUUGUAUUUGAAAAGCAGAAGGUUUUGGGUCUGGAGGACCCAUUGGACAG